UGGCCCCUCUUCGCUUUAUUCUCGCCUCCACUCGAUCCAACAUACACACCACCUCCACCUUUCCACUCCACCGCUCCUCCUCCUCCUCCUCCUCCUCCUCGCUCUCGCCACAACAGACCAGAGCAGAGAGCACUGCACUGUGGACUAUCCAUCCACGCCCCUACUCCAGUCCGAGGACACAACGUGAGUAGGCGCGGUGGUGCUCUGCUUCUGCUUGCUUGAUUGUUGAUAUGCAUUCCAUAUGCGCUGUGCCUGUCCCCGGUUUUCGCUAAUCCGACCGUUUUUGUGUUUCCCGGCCAACAAAACCAAACUCAUUUCGUCCACAAAAGGAUCUUUGCUUUCCUUUUUUCUGCUAAUUGAUCCUGCCUUCAUUAGCUCCCGGAUUUAAAACUCUUCUUUUGUUGCUCGGAUUUUGCAGGAUAUUCUUGGAAUUUAGCUGCGCGUGCAUGGAGAGAUUGCUGUCGCUGCUGCCGAUCGAUCGAUCACUCCUCCGAUUAACCUAGUCUGACUUGGCCUGCUGCGGAUUUCUUACUGUUCUUUCCCCUCUCCUAGCUGCUCCAGGUUCUUGAUCUUCUUCCAAGAGCAGAGUAGCUUGUACGUAGUAGAAUUCUGUGUGGGCUAGACAAGAGAAGAGAAUUCGAACAUGGUGCUGGCGCACACGUCCAAGGUGGUGCUGGGAUGCGUGGCGUUCGGCAUCUUCUGGGUGCUGGCCGUCUUCCCCAGCGUGCCCUUCAUGCCCGUCGGCCGCACCGCCGGCUCCCUGCUGGGCGCCAUGCUCAUGGUGCUCUUCCGGGUCAUCUCCCCCGAGGACGCGUACGCGGCCAUCGACCUCCCCAUCAUCGGCCUCCUCUUCGGCACCAUGGUCGUCUCCAUCUUCCUGGAGCGCGCCGACAUGUUCAAGUACCUCGGCAACCUGCUCCAGUGGAAGAGCCGCGGCCCCAAGGACCUGCUCUUCCGCGUCUGCAUCGUCUCCGCCAUCGCCUCCGCGCUCUUCACCAACGACACCUGCUGCGUCGUCCUCACCGAGUUCAUCCUCAAGGUCGCGCGCCAGAACAACCUCCCGCCCCAGCCCUUCCUCCUCGCGCUCGCCACCAGCUCCAACAUCGGCUCCGCCGCCACGCCCAUCGGCAACCCGCAGAACCUCGUCAUCGCCGUCGAGAGCGGCAUCUCCUUCGGCCAGUUCCUCCUCGGCGUCUUCCCCGCCAUGAUCGUCGGCGUGCUCACCAACGCCGCCAUCCUCCUCUGCUACUUCUGGAGGUACCUCAACGUCGAGCCGGCCGACCAGGAGCGCGGCGGCGUUGUCUCCACGGGGCCCGAGGUCGUCGGCGACGACGAGGUCACCUCGCACCGCUUCACGCCCGCCAGGAUGUCGCACGUCUCCUCGAUCAACCCGGACGACUUCGACUGCGUCAGCGAGCCCAUCAUCCGGAGCGCCAGCGUCAACGGCGACCACCUGCGCAGCAGGAGCGUCAACUCCAACGCCAACGCCGCCGACGCCGACAUGCAGUUCUCCAUCAGGUCCCUCCGCUCCUCCAGCAUGUCGCACGAGAUGGUGGAGGUCUCCACGCUCCCCGUCCUCAUCGACGGCGCCUCCUCCAGGAAGUUCACCAGGACCGCCAGCCAGCAGAGGAGCGUCAUCAUCGAGGACGCGCCGCCGUCGUCGCCCACAGACGACGAGGCCGCCGCCAACCAGAACGGCGACAAGGACAAGGGGGAGCUGCCCGAGGUCGUGGAGAAGAGGUGGAAGGUGCUGGUGUGGAAGACGGCCGUGUACCUCAUCACCCUCGGCAUGCUCAUCGCCCUCCUCAUGGGCCUCAACAUGUCCUGGACCGCCAUCACCGCCGCUCUCGUCCUCCUCGCGCUCGAUUUCACCGACGCACAGGCCUGCCUCGAGAAGGUUUCCUACUCGCUGCUCAUCUUCUUCUGCGGCAUGUUCAUCACGGUGGACGGGUUCAACAAGACCGGCAUACCCAACACGAUGUGGGAGCUGGUGGAGCCCUACUCGCGGAUCGACAGCGCCAGAGGCGUCGCGCUCCUCGGACUCGUCAUCCUCAUCCUCUCCAACGUCGCAUCCAAUGUUCCAACAGUUCUGCUGCUGGGGACGAGGGUGGCCGCGUCGGCUGCCGCAAUCUCGCCGGCGUCGGAGAGGAAGGCGUGGCUGAUACUGGCCUACGUGAGCACGGUGGCCGGGAACCUGACGCUGCUGGGGUCGGCGGCGAACCUGAUCGUGUGCGAGCAGGCCAGGCGCGCGCAGUUCUUCGGCUACAACCUCUCCUUCUGGAGCCACCUCCGGUUCGGGGUACCGUCCACCAUCGUCGUCACCGCCAUCGGCCUCCUCAUCGUCAGCAGCUACUGAAUUGAACCAAGCAAGAAACUGAACAUAGUAGUACUACCGUGCAAGGAGCAUAGCGAAAUCCUUUCUUCUUCUUCAAUAAUGGAGACUACUCAUGUAAAAUCGAUAGGCUUGUCAUGUAACCCGAUUGUGCUUUGUGUAUCGCCAGUAAUUUCAGUGUUGUCAUCCUCUGUUGUCGCUAAAGCAGACGGCCGGCCAGUACGGGUGGCAGACCAAGCAGUAACCCUGCGUUUUUCAGAUUUCUCAACUUGGAGUUGCAGAUAGGUUCUUGUUGAUCUAAGAAGUUACUUAUAUUGUAAUCUGAUUUCAUUUUUGGUGUUUCAGAGUGAAUCAACGUGGCCUGUAAUCGUGCCGUACUUGCAUAGUUUUUGUUUUAUAACAGCAUAUACAUUUGCGUA